AUGGGAGAGCGGGAAACGGAGAAAAAAGAAGAGGGGGAGAGUAUAUUCCGGUGGAGAUGGAGGAAGCGCGGUCGCGAAGGACCAUGGUUGUUUGACUGGCAUCAGGGGAACAACAGAACCUGUGUCCAGACCAACACCAACAGCAGCCGAAGCGCACGCACCCACGCAGAGCAACCACUGCCCUCGGCGUUUCCCCCGCCAGGCUUCCCGUCGCUCACAGUGGCGUUGGACGCGGACGCAGAGAAGGCAGUCAUCUCGUCUGGCGAAGCGGUCUGUUUAGCACCAGUAAUGGACGGUUCUCCACUCACAGGUUCAUUUUUCCCGCCUUGGACGCAUGGGAGGAAAGAACAAAAGCCGGGACGGCAUUCACUACUCCCUCCUCUGGCAGCAGUUCGUGGCAGCCACUUUUUCCGCUUCGCAGCUUAUGCAGCCACCUUCGGCACUAAUCCCAUGCCGUUAGGAAACAGCUUAAACGCAUCACCGGAGUUUUCCUUCGCAUCUUCCACAGUCAUCCUUGACUAUAAAACCCAUUUCGACGCAUAA